AUGUCUGAUUUAUGGGCUCCGGCUCCCGAACCUGCUACCGAGCUAGGUCGUCUUAGAGUGCUUUCCAGCAAAGCGGGUGUCAAGGUCUCGCCACUAGUGUUUGGUGCUAUGUCAGUUGGAGACGCAUGGAAUGACUUCAUGGGCUCGGUCGACAAAAAGCAAUCUUAUGCUUUGUUGGAUGCGUACUAUAAAGCAGGUGGUAAUUUCAUCGACACGGCCAACAACUACCAAAAUGAGCAGUCAGAGACCUGGUUGGGCGAUUGGAUGGCGGAAAGAAAUAUCCGUGACCAAUUGGUGAUUGCUACCAAGUUUACCAGCGACUACCGUUGUCACGCGUUAGGCAAAGGUAAGACCGCCAACUUUGGUGGUAAUAACAGGCGCAGUCUGCACGUGAGCGUGCGCGACUCGCUACGUAAGCUGAAGACCGAUUAUAUCGAUAUCUUGUAUCUCCACUGGUGGGACCACAUGACAUCUAUCGAGGAGAUUAUGGACAGUCUGCACAUCUUGGUACAACAAGGGAAGGUUCUUUACCUCGGUGUCUCCGACACGCCAGCAUGGAUUGUUGCCGCAGCAAAUUAUUAUGCUGUCUCCCAUGGCAAGACACCUUUUACCGUGUACCAAGGUAGAUGGAAUUUGAUGGUCAGAGACCUGGAACGUGAAAUUCUUCCUAUGGCUAGGCAUUUCGGGAUGGCAAUUGUUCCUUGGGAUGUUUUGGGUGGCGGUAGAUUCAAAACCCAAAAAACUAUUGAAGAAAUGAAAACCAACGGAGACCGGUUGCGUGGUUUCCUAGGUGCCGGUGAACAGACGGAGGCCGAGAUCAAGAUCAGUGCAGCCCUGGAACAUGUUGCCAAAGAGCAUGGCAUAGAGUCAAUUACAUCUAUUGCUCUUGCCUAUAUCCGCUCCAAGGCCAAAAACGUCUUCCCAUUGGUGGGUGGUAGAAAGGUUGAACAUCUCGAGCAGAAUAUAGCCGCCUUGAAAAUAAAGUUGACUCCAGAACAGGUUAAAUACCUGGAAAGUGUUGUGUCUUUCGACCUAGGUUUCCCUUUGAAUUUUAUUGGUGAGGAUCCCAAUGUGACAAAGGUUCUUCCACAUUUAUCUGCUAUGUCUUUUGUUGCUAGUUUCGAUUAA